AUGGGUGUUGACUCGAACAAGCCACCUCCACUCCCUGCCCCGACCGAGACCGAUUCCAUCACCCCCACCGAGCUGGCGACCGAUGUGUCCAGGCCUGCCGACGAAGCUUCUCACUACUCUCUCCCCGACGACGGCACUCCCGUCACCAUCAAAACCCGCGGACACAGGGCCAAUCGCUCCCAGACCUCGCUUCUCAUCGAGUAUUUUGAAGGUGGCAAGCCUGGUCCAUCCGGCACCGUCGACCGCAAGCCCAGCGUUCGCGUUCGCUUGACCCCGUCCAAGAGGAAUCGCCACGACCACAUCCAGAUCACAGAGACCAACGGCAACACCCGCAAGGCCUCGCUAACCCGCCGUGUGCCUCUGCCGUCCACGACAGGCUCGUCGCAUCUCGACGUUGAAGCCUUGGAGGGCGAGGACGCCGAAAGCAUGCGGUCUUACGCCUCCGCAACGGAGGAGUCUAAUGUCUCGAGGAACCCAAUCGACAUUGAAAUCGACCGCAGCGGACGGCGUCGUCGACCAGCGAGUCCUUUGAUUCCCGACGGUGAUGCUCAAUCUUCGUCUUACCUGCCUCCCAACAUGUCCGACAUCUCGGCCAUUCCCCAAGACAGCUUCCUCGAUGGCUCCGGCUCGACUGUUCUGACAAAGAACUCCGAGAGGCGCAGCAAGAGCUCGUCUCGCGGUAACGAGCUGGCUGCUGGUGUCGUUGGUGCAAUGGCCGGUGCUGCGAUAGCUGACCAGGCCAAGAGCAGCAGAAGCAAGAGACACAGCGGCGAAAGAAAGGUGUCUGGUGAAAGGUCCUCGAGAGACAAAGAUCGCAAGCACCGUUCGAGCAAAAGUCGAACCAGUAGUAUCAGCGAAAAGCAGUCCGAAGGAACGCGAUCACCCCGGCGACGGUCGAGUCGGAGUCAUGUGGACUCGGUUUUGUCUGGGGCAGAUUCCAGUGUCUUAUCAUCCAGCAUUUCUCCCAGUCACCGCUCGUACGACCAGAGCUCCGUACGCUCUGGAGCUUCCAAGUCAUCCAUCAACAACCCAAAACUGCUAGAGACCGUCGAAGAUGCGAUUCGCCGACUUAUUCUGCCGGAAUUAAGCGCCCUGAAGAGGGAGCAGAGUAAGCGUGAAAGUCGCCGCAGCUCCCUUACGUCCACCGGCACAGGGACCUCCCUUUCUCGCGAGGACCUAGGAGUUGAUCGACGCAGAUCUGCCGAUAAACGCAGCGAAUCCGGACGCGAUAGCCGGCACCGGGAGCGCAGAGACCGGGAGGCCCGCCAUGAUUAUGUCGACUCUCCCCGGAGCAUCGCCGGCGAAUCAGUCGAAGAAUCCUCCAUCGUCUCCGUCGACGACACGCCGCGGCGGAGCGAUGGCGCCCUCAAAGCUGCAGUCGGGGGUGCUGCGGCCGCUGGUCUUGCUACUGCCGCCUUGAAUGCAGCGUCGCCAUCGUCAGAGGACCGAAGGCAGCGCAGGCGCCGACGUGCCGACGGCUCGACUCGGAGCAGGAGCGUCGGCCGUGAGAAGUACGACGAGGAGUUCCAGGAAGAAGAGCCACCUGCACCGCCGAUGCCCCUGAUGAGUGAAAUUAAUCCAUCCGAAAUGACCAGAACCUCGAUUCUUUCGGCCGAGACCGAUCGGCCCCAUUCUGCCAUGGAGGAGAGAGCCUCAGUCCAGGAGGUUGCCCGGGGUAACGCCUCCAUGGGCUCAUCGCCAACGCCAACACAAACGCCUGCAACGAAUAUGCAACAAACUCUCGGCACAAAGCAUGCCAACAUUUCUCAUGGCGACCUGAGGGAACUUUCUCGCUCAAGGACGGGAGAUUUCCUGGAUCAGCGCGAUUCGGAGGAGUUCAGCCAGAGCCCCUCUCAGCAGAUUCGUGACGAGUACGAAGACGAGUAUGACGAGCAGAGUCGCAUCACGGAAAGUGAAGGUGACUAUGGGGAGUCUCCCAACGAUUACGAUUACUACAACACGCAGGAUGUGCCACCACCACUGAAGUACGUCCCGUACCAGCCCGAACGGCGCGGCCUGAGUCCAAUCUACAGCGUUUCCGGAUACACAGAGGCAGGAAGCGAGACGGCCGCCCAGCGCGACUCCAGGCUUUCUCACGGAACCGCUUCUCCCACAAAGUCUCAGGCGUCUCAUACUGAUCUGAGAGCCUUCUCGCCUGCUUCGGCGCCAAGCAAUGUCAUGAGCCGGGGUUUCGACGAGCACUCCAUCGAUGACCGCAGCAUCAAGAGCGGCCAGGAUUACCGAAACAGCCAGUACACGGAGGGUAGCGAGAUCGGAACUUCUACCGGCCAGGCCGUUCGUGGCAUCGCUGCCAACCCCAACAUCAUUCAUGUGCCCCACGGGGUGGAGUCUAAUGUGGCUUCUCUUGUGGACGGAUCUAUGCUUGAUCAAUCCGUCCUCACUACCGGAUCUGGCUACGAUUACAGAGACUCGCAGGUCUCGUACGGCAACGAGUCCAACCUUUCGUAUGGCCCAGAGUCGCAUGUGUCAUAUGGCAAAGACUCGAACGUUUCUUACGACGACCAGUCCAAGGUCCAGUCUCGGUCGCGAGAUGUCAGCCCCGAGAAGCGUUCCGUAGCCGACCAACGUGAAUUCUUUGAGCAACGCGAGCGCGAGAGCAGCCGAACGCCUACCUCAAGCCGCCAGAGUCACCGUUCGAGGGAGUUUGCUGGAGAGUACGACCUCGAUGAGUACGGUAGGAAGGUUGCUCCUGCCAGGUACAGAAACUCUCCUUCCACGUCAACGAGACAUUCCCCGACGGCCUCGGAGAAGGCCAUUGCCGCAGGAGCUGUCGGCGCUGCUGCCGCUGCCCUCAAGGCCGCCAAGGACAAGACGAAACAGCCGACAGUGGAGGAAGUCGAUGAGGAACACAACGAGGAAUGGGUCCCCGAAGGUGUCACGAGAAACAAAUCGUUCAAGCAGCGGACGAUGGAGGGUCGCGAGCCUGCAAACACCCCGGCUCACAGCAUCGACCGCCUUGACUAUGAGGAGCAGCCCAAGAUGGGUGCCAGUGCCAUGCCCACCUUCGACGACCCGAUGCCCGAGGUUGGAUACGUGGAUGACGAUGCCUUGACAAACCCGUCUCUUGUUCGCGAGCCGCUCGGCGGCAGCGACCACGACGAUCGUGGCCAUUGGCCGGGCGACAUCACCCCCGCCAAGAGCGACUACGACAAUUACGAAGAGCACGACACAGAGAAGCACAAUGGUCACGGUUAUGGUAUGGCUGCCGCUGGUGCCGCUGUCGGUGCUGCAGCUGCCGCAGCUCUGUCACACAGCCGACAGGCAAGUGGAGAGCACGAGGACGAGUGGCGUCGCACGUCGGCUGAGCGAAAGCGGGACACUGUCAUCACGAACCCUUAUGACGGUGCGAGCCCGGUCGCUCAUCCAGACUUUCUCGGUGGCAGAGGAUUCGAGGACUAUGGUGCUCCGUACCAUGUGGGUAGUCCCGCUGGGCACAAAACGCUCGACGAGGGUUACAUCUCCCAGGGUCCUGUACACUCGCCCAACAUGCAGCCCGCUGGCAAGGCCAUCAUGCCAUUCGGCGACCCAACAGCAGAGGAUCCCUUUUUCGUGCCUCAGCACAGUCGACACAUGAGUGGUUUGUCUCAGGGCAUGGAUUCUCCUCUCUACGACGCAGCCACUGGCAACGGCAUCGACAGAAUCGAGUCCAAGGAUAUUAUUGCUCUGAUGCAACAUCUCAUGGUCCGGGACGCUCAGCGAAGUGCCCGCGACACGGAAAUCCUUGUCACGCUCGUUCGUUCUGCGGCUGAGAUGCGUAACUCUUUUGAUGACCUCAAGAAGCUUCUUGCCAACACCGAGGAUGUCAUUAUCAAGGAGGUACAGGAGAACACCGACGAGACGGUCAAAAAUGCUGUCAGCGGCACCCGCGCGUACCCCGGCAGCCUUCCCCGCUCUAUCAAGGGGUACAGCGGCGCCUCACAGAACAGUACUCUCGAUGAGACCGCCAAAAAGAGCAACUUUUUCCGCAAGGCGCUCAAGGGCCUCAGCACCAAGGGCACCAACGACCUCAGCCGGAUCGAGGACAUGCUCAUGCAGCUGCUAGGUGAAGUCGACACACUCAAGGCGCAGACUAUGAGACCUGGCAUGGUAAGCGGCCGGCCCUCGUAUGAGAACCUCACUCCGGAAAUGCAGUACGAGCAAGACCGAGGCUACGAGCCCGAGGGCCAAGCUGGCACCUCCACCACUAGCCACGGCAGCCAAUCGGGCAUGUCAACUUUCGCCCAAUCUCGUGGUCCCUCCAAGCUGGCGUAUGAGCCCAACCGCAUCAGCACGGUCCAUGAGGAUAACGAAGAAGACUACAAUCCUCAAGACGAUUACCGCAACCCGCAAGGUCUCCUCACACCUAAUCGCGAGUUCCAGCGUGGCGGGUCGGUCCCCCUUGGCACUCCUCCCCAACCCCAGGCCGCUCAGAACGCCUCAUUGAGCAACGACAACACUCCCAAGACGGACAAGGGCAAGAAGCACAAGAGAGGGUCCUCGAGCUGGUUUCCCAAGAUUUCUCGAUGGUCUGAGUCGACGGCCACGAGCGUAAGCAAGGCCUUCCGGGGCAGUGGCUCCAGCAAGAAGGAGCACGAUGAUGAGUUCCUACAACAUCCUCCAUCCCGGUCCGGAUCCGAUCUCCGGUAUGACGACCGGUAUCAGAACGACUACGGCAGUGACCAGUUACACUCCGGUUUCUCCCAGCAGGACCUCGCUGCCCCUAACCCGCCUCAUCUGGAGAACACACCUCCGACCACCUACAUGACUCCGGAGGACCCCAAGUACAAGGCACACCGCAACUCAGUCAACCUUCAACAUCCUCAGCCUCGUCAAGGACAGACUGAGCGGUUCAAGGCGGCACUUGAGAGCCAAGCAUACGAGUAUGACACGCCUAUGUCUCCCAAGUCUGCAGACUGGGCUGGCUCAGCGACCAGCCUCCACCGUUUCCCACAAAACAGCAACCGGUAUAGCAACGGAUCUGGCGCGACGGGAGGUGACUACUACAACUCGUCGCCCGCAGGCCCACCGCGGCCUCCCAAGGAGCCCAUCGACGAGAUGACCCAUACACCUGCCAAGAAGCGCAUCUCCAACUUGGCCUUGAAGACCAGUCCCCUCCCCUACAACAGCGUUGAGAGUGGUUACGGCACCGGCCCCGGCACCCACGCGGCUAGCAACUACACUGGCAGUCCCAAGCCAGAGAACCGCAACCUCACAGGAGCCCGUGGCAUGCCAGCUCGCCGGCCUAGCGGGCCCCGAGCGAUGACUCCGAAGAGUGCGGAAGAAGAGGCCGCCAGGGAAGAGCGACGCCGCAAGAGAGGUGAGCAUUUAGGCUCCGAAGAUGACAAAGACACGUUCUAA